AACUGAAAAGUAAUCUAUCAGACAGUCCUUAAAACCGGCUUUAAAAGCAUGUCAUCCUGACUCUUCGUUCCGAAAUCAGUCUUAGUUACUAGGAAAUACGAUUUGAAGAGGAGCCGGCGCGAAGCACACGAGCCUGUUAAAAGUUAAGACGCUACACGGCUGGAGAAAUAUUUUCUAAAGUUUAAGUUUCACUGGCAGGCCGAUCUGACCUGCAUUUAGAAUUUGUUGACAUUCGAGCUGACCGCGACGGGCCACGCAUUUACCUCUGGUUGUUCUUCAGAAAAGUAAGCUGUGAUGACCCUGUCUGGAGGCAACAGUGCCAACGACAUGUCCGGUCAGACGGUGCUUGCUGCUGAAGAUGUGGAUAUCGAUGUGGUCGGAGAAGGCGACGAGGGAAUGGAAAGAGACAGCGACUGUGAUAGCCAGGGAAUUCACGACCGCGCGGAAGAGGUGGAGGAAAUCGGGGUUAAAGAACGGACGGACAGCCCCUGUGAGAGCGCAGGCGAGGGAGAGACCAAAGGAGACGGCCAGGAAAGCGCAUCGGGUCCCAUGCAAAGCAAGCCGAAAAACAGCCUUGUGAAGCCACCCUAUUCCUACAUAGCUCUCAUCACCAUGGCUAUUCUUCAGAGCCCGCAAAAGAAAUUAACCCUCAGCGGGAUCUGCGAGUUCAUAAGCAACCGCUUUCCAUACUACAGGGAGAAGUUUCCAGCCUGGCAAAAUUCCAUUCGACAUAACCUGUCCCUGAACGACUGCUUCGUCAAAAUCCCAAGGGAGCCAGGAAACCCUGGUAAAGGCAACUACUGGACACUGGACCCUCAGUCGGAAGAUAUGUUUGACAACGGUAGCUUCCUCAGAAGAAGGAAACGAUUCAAGAGACACCAGCCAGAUAUUCUCAGGGAACAGACCGCCCUCAUGAUGCAAAGUUUUGGGGCAUACAGCAUUGGAAAUCCUUACGGACGUCACUAUGGAAUUCACCCAGCAGCCUAUUCCCAUCCAGCGGCUUUGCAGUAUCCCUACAUCCCUCCCGUGGGUCCAAUGCUUCCCCCGGCGGUACCUCUACUACCAUCCACUGAGCUGAACAGAAAAACUUUCAAUUCUCAGCUCAGUCCCAGCCUUCAGCUGCAACUGAACAGUCUGAGUACCGCAUCGAUGAUCAAGUCCGAGCCUUCCAGCAGACCCUCGUUUAGUAUAGAGAAUAUUAUUGGGGUGUCCAGCACUUCUUCGGCCGCUCAGACUUUUCUGCGGCCUCCUGUGACUGUUCAGUCAGCCUUAUUGAGUGCACAGUCCCUGUCCCUAACCCGGACAUCAGCUGCUAUUGCGCCCAUUCUGAGCGUACCCACAAAUAUUAUUUCUGGACAAUUUUUACCCACAGCAUCGGCAGCAACUGUUUCAAAAUGGCCUUCUCAAUAAUUUUUUUUCUAGAAAUAUGGGGGAAAAACUGUACAGCACAAUUAGGCAGCACUGGACUUUGUCCGCAAACUAUAGCCAUGUAAAACACUGAAAAGAGAAAAAAGAGACGAAAAGGAAUGCUUUCUGUACAGGUAACAAUUGUAAAUAUUUGUACAAAUAAAUUAAUUUACUUGUUUGAUUUUUUUCCUAAGUAUUUUAUUGUUUGAACUGUAUGACAGUUGUAGUUAAAUGAGCCUUCCUUAAUUUUGUCAUUGAAAGCUCAUUGCCAGUAGUAAUUCAAUUUACAAUUACAUUUUUUGUUUUUUAAUACAAAAAUACGAAUAUGUUCUUAUCUCAUUUAAAAAAAAUUCUGUUUACAAAAUUAAAAUAUAUGUAUUCUAUGUAGCUCAAUUGUGUUGUAAUCUGAAAUCCUUUGUUAAUAAACCUGAAAACAAAACAGAGA